AUGGAUGCCGCGAAGCUGCCAAACUGGAAGGACAUGCCCAACGUGGAGGGCAAGCCUCACGGCUGCGCCUGGGGCCUCUUUGACAAGGACGAUGUCAAGGACGAGCUCGGCACGCUGAACCUGCUGACGCCGGACGUGGUGCGCCAGGCGCGUGACGAGAUCCAGACGGGCCGCAGCGUGGCGCUCAACUGGGGCCUGGACCGGCUCAGCGAGGAGGCCUUUGGGCGGCACACGCUCAAGCACGAGAUUGUUGACUGGCGUACCAAGCCCAGCUACCCGUUUUACUGCUACGACGACGAGAUCAGCUUCAACACCCAAGUCGGCAGCCAAUGGGAUGGACUUCGCCACUGGGGCGAUUCCAAGACUGGCUAUUAUUACAACGGCAUCCACCAUGACGAUCUGCUGUCGAGCGGCAAGCUGGGCAUUGAGAACUGGACCAAGCGCGGCGGCAUUGUCGGCCGCGGCGUCCUCCUCGACUACGUCGCCUACGCCGCCCGCAAGGGCAUUGUGUACAGCCCCAUGUCGGGCCACGCCAUUACCGUCGCCCAGCUCGACGAGAUGGCCAAGGACGCCAACCUUGUCUUCCGGGCCGGCGACAUUCUGCUGGUGCGCACGGGCUGGACCAAGUGGUACGACGAGCACAGCGAGGAGGACCACAAGUUUGUCGCCGACGCCUAUGCCUGGAUCGGCGUCCAGGGCUGCGAGGCGACGCUCGAGUGGCUCUGGAACCACCACUUUGCGGCCGUCGGCGGCGACUCCAACGGCUUCGAAGUCGUGCCCAUGGACGACAACUGGCGUCUGCACGAUUUCCUGCUGAGCUACUGGGGCAUGCCCAUAGGCGAAAUGUUUGACGUGGAGGCGCUGGCGGCCGAGUGUGAGCGGCAGAAGCGGUGGUCCUUUUUCUUUACGAGCGCGCCGCUCAACCUGCCGGGUGGCGUGGCGAGUCCGCCCAACGCCGUGUGCAUUUUUUAG